AGAAAGCCACGAACAAUAUACACAACAACUCAGUUGCAGGAGCUGACUAGGAGAUACAAGAUCAGUGCCUACCUUGCCCUGCCUGACAGGGCUGAUCUCGCUCAACAACUUGGCCUCUCACAAACACAGAUAAAGAUUUGGUUCCAAAAUCGUCGAAGUAAGUCAAAAAAA